UUCAUAAACAGCUCGUCAACCACCUCGGUAGCUAGCUAGCCAACAUAGCCGUAAGAUUCAAGCUAUUUAUACGCUUUCGGUGUAUAUUACCGACUGUGUUUUCGACACACUUAGGUCGUAUCUACUUGUUAACCUAUUUAAUUUAAUAUUACGUUAUUUUGUAUUAGUCAGCUAUAGUAGCUGGCUGGUUAAGUUAGCACUAGCCUAGUCGCUAAUGAUAGCUAGCUAGCUAACAUCCCCGAACAUGAGCUCCCUAAACUUCUCCCCUCCUGUUAAAGAAGAGGAGGUCUGCUGGACGGAGAAAGUAGGUCUGUGGCUGAACGUUGUCGUGAAAGAGGAGGAGGAAGAGGAGGCUGUCACAGUAAAACAAGAAGUAGAGGAUGGGGCUGUUACAGUGGAAGAAGAGGAAGACGCGUUCAGAGUGAAAGAGGAGGAGGAGGAUGUAGUUUUUGGUGUGAAAGAAGAGGAGGUUGGAGAUCUGUUUAACCCCAGAGAGAGAUGUGACUAUCGUGGAUCCUCUGGGGAGUCUCAACAACCUCAUGAUGCUGAGGCAGAGAAGAGUCUCUCCACAUCAGAACUCCUCCAGAAACACCAGCAGAGACCCACAGGGAAGAAAUCUCACUCCUGCUCUGACUGUGGGAAAUGUUGCAAAUCUUCAUCAGAACUUAAAAUACACCAGAGAACACACACAGGAGAGAAACCUUUUAGCUGUGAUCAAUGUGGGAAGAGUUUUACUAUAUCUAACUCUCUGACUGUACACCAGAGAACACACACAGGAGAGAAACCUUUUAGCUGUGAUCAAUGUGGGAAGAGUUUUACUAUAUCUAACUCUCUGACUGUACACCAGAGAACACACAAAGGAGAGAAACCAUAUGGCUGUGCUCAAUGUGGGAAGAGUUUUACUACAUCUAGCCAUCUGACUGCACACCAGAGAACACACACAGGAGAGAAACCAUAUAGCUGUGAUCAAUGUGGGAAGAGUUUUGCUAAAUCUAGCCAUCUGACUACACACCAGAGAAUACACACAGGAGAAAAACCAUAUAGCUGUGAUCAAUGUGGGAAGAGGUUUUCUACAUCUAGCAAUCUAACUAACCACCAGAGAACACACACAGGAGAGAAUCCGCGCUGUGAUCAAUGCGGGAAGAGUUUUUCUACUCCUAGCUAUCUAAUUAUACACCAGAGAACACACACAGGUGAGAAACCUUUUAGCUGUGAUCAAUGUGGGAAGAGUUUUUCUUCUUCUAGCUAUCUAACUAUACACCAUAGAACACACACAGGAGAGAAACCUUAUAGCUGUGAUCAAUGUGGGAAGAGUUUUUCUUCUUCUCGCUAUCUAACUAUACACCAUAGAACACACACAGGAGAGAAACCAUAUGGCUGUGAUCAAUGUGGGAAGAGUUUUACUUGGCCAAAAAGCCUGAAUAUACACAAGCGGACACACACAGGGGAAGAGAUACUCUGAUAAAAGAUCUCUGAUUAAACAAAGUUGUUUCAUGAUAUCAAUGAAAUAAUGUCACAAUGUAGAAUGUUUUAACAUUGUAGUAGGAGUAUUUUAAAGAUGUCACAAUGUAGAAGCCUAAACAUUUGUCCCUGUUACACUUACCGUGUUGGUGACCCACUUGAAUCAAAAUGCAACACUUCAAAAUGUAGCGAUCUGUUUUCUACAAGUUGUCUUCUAACCAGGGAUUUACACAUUAUUCCCAGAUUCCGUGUGGUUUUUGAGCUGUUAGUUUUAACAGGACCUGCAACCUCAUCUCCAUUCUGUCACACAAUUGAUUUCAACAUGAUAUCGUUGAGGGAUGACAAAUAAGUGUUGCGUUCCUUUGUUUUGCGACCCCUAAAUUUAAAUGCAUCACUCCAAAAUGUAGCUGACUGUCUUUUGCAGGUUGUCCUCUAAUCAGUGAGGUAAAAGAUAUCUCCCAUUUCCAUGUGUUUUUUGUUGUUGUUAGUUUCAACAGAACAUACAACCUGAUUUCCCCCCUAAUCGAUAUCAGUGAUUUAUUGCUACUUGUCAAAACAGCGUUUCUGGUGCUUGUGCAGUUUAUAAGGAGCUUGUUUUAAAAAUACAAGUAAUAUGAUUAUUGUGGCAGAUGUUUGUGUAAAUAGCACAUUUUUUGUUUAGGUUUUCAAUAUAUCAGAAACUGUUUCUGCACAUUGGUUAUUGAUUUGGACAAGUUGAAACUGUGUUUUGACAUUGGGGGUAUCCCACCUAGCAACAUGUCUUUGAAAAGAAGAUGUAUUCUUUCAGUUGUGGUUGAAAGUGAUAGUUGAAAAUAUGUAUUUUCAGGUCUUUUUUUUUUUUUUUACUUGAAAACAACUUCAUUUCAAUGUACUUUCAGGUAGCAUAGUGGUUAGAGCGUUGGGCCAGUAAUCGAAAGGUUGCUGGAUCGAAUCCCUGAGCUGACAAGGUAAAAAUGUAGUUUUGCCCCCGAACAAGUCAGUUAACCCACUGUUCCCCGGUAGGCCGUCAUUGUAAAUAAGAAUUUGUUCUUAGCUGACUUGCCUAGUUAAAUAAAGGAGAAGAAAUAAUAUAUAUAUAUAUAUGGACGCAGAAUAAUAAUCAAUCGUCUAUGAUCCAUUUUUUUUUUUACAAAUCCUGCAUCAGUUAAAUAAAAUGGGACGAGAGUUCUAGAAGCUAGUGAGUUUUAGGAAGACGAGAGUUCUAGAAGCUGGUGAGUUUUAGGAAGAAGAGAGUUCUAGAAGCUAGUGAGUUUUAGGAAGACGAGAGUUCUAGAAGCUAGUGAGUUGUAGGAAGAAGAGAGUUCUAGAAGCUAGUGAGUUUUAGGAAGACGACAGUUCUAGAAGCUAGUGGAGUUUAGGAUUCUAUAGAAAGAAAAUUUUGAAAAAAAUGAAUGUAUUUUAUUAUUUAGUAAUAAGUGUUUUUUUCUUGUUUUUAAUUGUUGACAGCCAGUAGACACCAUGUUUAUAUUGGUGAAGGUGAAGCAUUGUAGUUGAUUAUAAUGUGAAAUGGAAGUUGUUUUCUGUUGGUGGUGAGCGAAUUUGUCCAUCAAAAAUAUAGGAUAUAUUUGUUGUCUUAAGGGGGGAAGGUGUUACAGGCUUUGGUUUUUCCAUUUAUGUUUUGAGGUUGGACUUUAGCCCGUAUAGCUCGUUAGCCCGUAUAGCUCGUUAGCCCGUAUAGCUCGUUAGCCCGUAUAG